CAGAAAAGGAGACUAAACCCAGACAAAACACAGAACGUGACCGACGCGUGACUCUAGCUCAAGACGUCCGAUGAGCGCCAUGUCGCUAUUUUUAACCACUUCAAUUUCUCAGAGAUCCUGCGUCAGCGCAGACCCAUUGCUUUGCGAAGAUGAAACUUCCGCAUUGCGCAUACGUCCGAGGCCGACAAGAGUUAGGACACGUGGGAACGCGCAUCAUACGGCCAAUGCUCUUGUCGGCAUCAGGGGUUUGUUUUCGCAGGGCCUGCACAAGGGGGAGAGUGGUGGCGAUGACAAUCGACAAGGUUUGCGGCGUCAUGCCGCCAACACUGUGUGAAUCGAAUGCUUCAGACUCGCGAGCAAGCCGGACAACG